AAAAGCAUACUAACCAGACCAAUACGCUCCAAAGCAUAAAGGAACACCUUCACCAAAUUUUACAUUGGAAAUAAAACGAACACCUUCAAUAAAAAGCAAUGCAGAGGCUCCUGUCUCUCAAACUCCUCUCGAAAAUACCCAGAAGUCUCUCAAAUGCAAGCACAAGUCCCUUACAAACGUUCCUUUCUCUAACUUCCAAGAUAAACCAAUGCCACCCAUCACCCCAACAACAAUUUAUUUCUUCUCCACACACUACUUUCUCACACUCGCACUCAUUUUCUCGUGGGGUUUUAUCAAAGCAGCUGUUAGCAAAUACCCGUUUCAGAGGUGAUAUAAGCAGCAAGGUUUUAGUUAACCGCACUGUUGGGGUCGUGAGGACUCAGUUUGGACGAAGAAAUUUUCACUCCUAUUUCUCAAUUGGUUACUCUCGUCGCUACGGGAGAUUAGGUUUUGGGAGGUUUAAUACUGAUGGAGUGGUGUGCAUGAUCUUAGCUAAUGUAAUUGUAUUUUUAUUAUGGCGUGUAGCUGAUAACAGAUUCAUGAUGAGGAACUUCACGAUUUCAGUGGACAAUUUUACAAGUGGACGGGUUCACACAUUGAUAACGUCUGCAUUCAGUCACAUUGAUCCUUGGCAUCUUAUCUCUAACAUGGUUGGGCUCUACUUCUUUGGAACAAGUAUCCGUAAUGCUUUUGGGCCUGAGUUUCUUCUGAAGCUGUAUCUAUCUGGAGCAGUUGCUGGCUCAGUUUUUUACUUGGUAUAUCAUGCCUUUAUAGCUCCAUCACUACAGGUACAAAGAAGACGAUCUCUGAGCAUGCAUCCAUCACAAGUUCCUGGAUUGGGCGCAAGUGGGGCUGUAAAUGCAGUGAUGCUGCUUGAUAUAUUCCUUUUCCCUAGAAAGACUCUCUAUUUUGACUUUAUCAUUCCUAUCCCAGCAAUCUUACUGGGAAUCUUCAUCAUUGGAAAAGAUGUCUUAAGAAUAUUGGAGGGUGACACUCAAAUCUCUGGAUCUGCUCAUUUAGGUGGGGCUGUCAUGGCUGCCAUUGCAUGGGCUCGAGUAAGAAGGGGACGAUUCUGAAGUCUCAUUUCCUUGGAAUGUAAUUUCGGCUGAUAUAGCUAGGAUGUACCAAAUUGCAUCACCUCUUUAUAUAUAUAUGUAUAGUUAUAGCCCCAGAUCCUUCCCACACUUGAAUAAUUGCCUUAUUCUAGGGGAAGUAGCAAGAAUCCAACUGAAUUUGCAACCUGAAACUAUGAUGUUUCUAACCAAAACAGUCAUUACAAUUGUAGUAUUCGAGAGAACCUAUAAUGAUUAUUCCCCCGUUUUAAUUUGA